GGGCUCUGGAAAGAAGAUGUUUUGAGAAGUGUUCCACAGAAGCUUCCAGCCAUUAAAGAUGGAAAACGAGACAGUAAGUGAACUGAACCAGACACAGCUUCAGCCGCGGGCAGUGGUGGCCCUGGAAUAUCAAGUGGUCACCAUCUUCCUUGUGCUCGUUAUUUGUGGUCUGGGCAUCGUGGGCAACGUCAUGGUGGUCCUGGUGGUCAUGAGAGCCAAGCACAUGAGGACCCCCACGAACUGCUACCUGGUGAGUCUGGCGGUAGCUGAUCUCACGGUCCUGGUGGCCGCGGGCCUACCCAACGUAACCGACAGCAUCUACGGUUCCUGGGUCUAUGGCUAUGCUGGCUGCCUCUGCAUUACUUACCUGCAGUACUUGGGCAUCAAUGCGUCCUCUUGUUCAAUCACGGCCUUUACCAUUGAGAGGUAUAUUGCUAUCUGUCACCCCAUCAAAGCUCAGUUUCUCUGCACGUUUUCCAGAGCUAAAAAAAUCAUCAUCUUUGUCUGGGCUUUCACAUCCAUUUACUGUAUGCUCUGGUUCUUCUUGCUGGACCUCAAUGUUAGCACCUACAAAGAUGCUAUCGUGGUAUCCUGUGGCUACAAAAUCUCCAGAAAUUACUACUCGCCUAUUUACCUAAUGGACUUUGCUGUCUUUUACGUUGUGCCGAUGAUUCUGGCCACUGUCCUCUAUGGAUUCAUAGCUCGGAUCCUCUUCCUAAACUCCAUUCCUUCAGAUCCUAAAGAAAACUCUAAGAUGUGGAAAAAUGACUCAACUCAUCAGAAUAAGAAUUUGAAUUCAAAGACCUCUAAUAGAUGUUUCAACAGUACAGUAUCUUCAAGGAAGCAGGUCACCAAGAUGCUUGCAGUGGUUGUAAUUCUGUUUGCUCUUUUAUGGAUGCCCUACCGGACUCUUGUGGUUGUCAACUCAUUUCUCUCCAGCCCUUUCCAAGAAAAUUGGUUCUUACUCUUUUGCAGAAUUUGCAUUUAUCUCAACAGUGCCAUCAACCCAGUGAUUUACAAUCUCAUGUCCCAGAAAUUCCGAGCAGCCUUCAGAAAACUCUGCAACUGUAAGCAGAAACCAAUGGAGAAGCCCUCUAACUACAGUGUAGCUCUAAAUUACAGCGUCAUUAAGGAGUCAGAUCAUUUCAGCACAGAGCUUGAUGAUGUCACUGUCACUGACACUUACCUGUCUGCCACGAAAGUGUCUUUUGAUGAUACCUGCUUAACUUCUGAAAUAACCUUUAACCAAAGUUGAUUUAUGAAUUAGAAGAAAAUGUUCUACAAAGUAAAUCUGUGCAGGUAUCAGCCCAAGAGAGGAAAAGGCUAAUACUCAUAUGUGAAGACAGGCAGAUAAAGUCUUUGCCAAUGCUCUAACAA